GUGUGUUUGUGUGGAGUGGAAACAAAAAGAUAAAACACGAAAAUUACUCGAGAACGCUGCGUUGAGGAACACAAACAGAUAUUUAUAAGUAAAAACCGCAGCGAAAUAGUGCGAAUCAAUUAUUUAAAUGCGCCGCAUGAGCAAGCGCUCCAAAAGAAAACCGGAAACAAGGAAACGCACAGUGAUAUAAGCAAAGUACAAAACAGUCGCCGCCUGCCAGACAAAGAACAAGGAUAGGAGGUGAAAACGCACAUACAUUUUAUAGCUAGCGGCACACUCAGCACUCACGAUGUCAACCGGAAGGCCCAUAAAAUGUGUUGUUGUUGGCGACGGCACCGUCGGAAAGACCUGCAUGCUAAUCUCCUACACGACAGACUGCUUUCCCGGCGAAUAUGUACCCACUGUCUUCGACAACUACUCGGCUCCCAUGCAAGUGGACACAAUACAAGUCUCAUUGGGAUUAUGGGAUACGGCGGGACAGGAGGACUACGACCGACUGAGACCGCUCUCCUACCCGCAGACAGACGUUUUCCUGAUAUGCUAUAGUGUCGCCAGUCCCUCGUCCUUUGAGAACGUCACCUCAAAAUGGUAUCCGGAGAUAAAGCACCACUGCCCCGACGCGCCCAUCAUUUUAGUUGGCACCAAAAUCGAUUUGCGUGAAGAUCGAGAGACACUCAGUGGCUUGGCAGAGCAGGGGCUGACGCCGCUGAAGCGCGAGCAGGGUCAGAAGCUGGCGAACAAGAUACGCGCUGUGAAAUAUAUGGAGUGCUCCGCCUUAACGCAGCGUGGCCUCAAGCCGGUGUUCGAGGAAGCGGUGCGCGCCGUGCUCAGACCAGAGCCGCUUAAGCGACGCCAGCGAAAGUGUUUAGUUAUGUAAAUAAGGUAGCAUGUUAUUGGCAGUGACAGAGUAUAGAGAUUCCUCGGAAGCGACACGUACGACGGCACAACGGCCGCAACACAUAGACACUUACGCAGCGCCCUCAUCGACAAAUCAAUUACAUGUAUUUAUUUAUAAAAUUUCCCAUAUUCUCGUAAUGCAUCAAGCACCAAACGACCCCGGUUAGAAACUCUAAACCAAUCAUAAAUGUCGUGCAAAAUUCUGAGAAGCAAUAUGUAUUGCCAUUAAAUUUCGUGCGAAAUUUCUAGUUGCUUGAGGGUUUCUGAUGGGUGUCGUCGCGGUCUUACAUUUGACACACCACGACUCCCUCCCGCAACAAGUGAAACAGAAUUGUUAACAAAAUCGGAACCACAGAAAAAUCAUAAAUGUAAUGCAGCUACAUAUGUAGAAAUCUAGUCAAUUGAAUCGAAUGUAUUGUACUAAUAGUAUCAAGCAGAAAGAGAAAAUUAUAAGAACCGCAGCCAACUCGCAGCUAAAAAUUGGUUUCGCAUAUCAUGAGCAUCUAUGCAUUUCCUAAUUUCCCAUUAAAUGUAUUAUAGUUAUAUAGCCAUGAGCUAAGGCAGCCUAUACCAAGCUUAACAAACCUGAAACCAGGCCAAUUCACUUGACGAUGACCUCUAAGAGAAAGCAACUUUUUACGAUAUUCAAGCAUGCGCAUUUUUUUAUUCUAACUCGACCCCUCGAAUCAUUAUCAUAAUCACUUGAAGCUCAUUUGACCAUGUCUUUUGAAAAUGUAACAACUGUUGUUUAUUAUUUUAUAAUGACUUAUUUAUUACCCUAUAUUUAAAAAACUAAUUGUAUAAACAACUUUUACGGCGUAAGUAUAGCAAAAGGAUUAUGUAAAUGGAAUGAAAACAAAAUGCAUUUAAAUGUGACGCGACUCGAAUAAUCGAAGAAACAAGAAUCAAAAACGAAUACAAAACCUAAAGAAACCAAGAAAGGCACAAAAUUUUCCAAAAAAAAAAAAACAAAAGAAGAACACAAUGAGCAUGAUGGUAAAGUUGAGACGUAACGAAAUCCCAGGACAAUUUUUGUACUAAUUAUACAUAUAUACCUAAAUAAAUCUAACGCAAAUCUUAUGUAAAUGAAAUGUAAACGAAGGCCGUUUGGCUCAAGAGAUGUAGCAGCCGUAAAACUGAUUUAAUACUUACGAAAAUAUAUACUGUAAUUAUUUAAAGAAA